AAUAGGAUGGGCAGGCAUUAGCAGUAAGACGCUCCCAGCAUCCAGGUUUGACAAAUCCAGUGUGCCAAAUCCACUGUGUGGCACUCUGGGAGGUACACAGUGGUCGUUGGAAUUUUGUGGGCUUUUUUCAGCACUUUUUGGAGAGCUAAAUAAGAAAAAAACAGCCUCGUCUUUCAUUUCGUCGCCGCUCUCCUUCCCCUUACUCCCCCCGGUCAAGACUCAGAGCCCGUCGCUGCAACCAUGGUGGUGAUGAAGAUGAAGUUCCCCUUUCAGAAAAGGGUUAAGCUCGCCCAGGGACUGUGGCUCCUCUCCUGGUGUGCCACGGCAGCUGGGGCCAUCACCUUCACUCUUGGGUGCAUCCUUAAGGCAGAACUACGCAGAAGGGCAGAGGUUAUGGAUAAUGGCGAUAUUCAUAUCGUGCCCAACACCCUCAUGAUUGUUGGUCUGGCCUCUUUGGUGAUCAACUACUUUUCAUCAAAGAUCUGUGCAGACGCCCUUGACGCUGGGCGAUUCCCUCGCUGGAAAAAUUUCUUGAAGCCCUACUUUGCCACCUCUUGUUUCUUUACUGUCCUCAUGCUGUUUGCAGUCAUUAUGAGCUACGUGAUGAAGGGCAGUCUAGAGUCUUCUCUGAAGGUAGGUCUGAAGAACGGCAUCCGCUUUUAUAAGGACACGGAUACCCCGGGCCGCUGCUUCCAGAAGCAAAACAUUGAUCGCCUGCAGAUGGAGUUUCAGUGUUGUGGAAACAAUGACCACAGGGAUUGGUUUGAAGUGCAGUGGAUCAGCAAUCGAUACCUUGAUUUCAAUUCCAAGGAAGUGAAAAAUCGCGUCAAGAGCAAUGUGGAUGGACGUUACUUGGUAGAUGGAGUCCCAUUCAGUUGCUGCAACCCCAGUUCUCCUCGACCGUGCAUCCAAUAUCAUCUCACCAACAAUUCAGCUCACUAUAACUACGAGUAUCAGACAGAGGAGCUCAACAUCUACCUGAGGGGCUGCAGAGAGGCUCUGGUCAACUAUUAUAUGGGCCUGAUGAACACCAUUGGGGGUGGAGUACUGUCAGUCUUCCUCUUGCAGGGUUCUGUUCUGGUGAGCCUGCGCUUCCUGCAGACCUCCAUGGAGGCAGUGGCAGGGAAUGAGAACACAGAAAUCGAGACAGAAGGAUAUUUGCUGGAGAAAGGAGUGAAAGACACCUUCAUGGAGUACUUUGACCCUGUGCUUAAGUUCCUGCUGCUUAAAAACCAGGUGCAGGAGGGCACUCCUGAGGGCACUGCAGUUUCCACUUAAGCACUUAUUUACAUACUUUUUAAACAGAGAGCCCAAAUUAACAAAAUCAAAAUUAACAUUUUCCAAUUAGUUUCUUUCUUUAUUUAGAAAUUUACCAGGGAAAACCAAAUUAUAUACAGUGGUACAGGUACCUCAGUGUUUAUUAAUAAACCAUUCCAAAAGAUCCGAUUGCCAAAUUGUACAAAAACCGACGCAAUUUUUCCAUUGGAAAGUUUCCAGUCACCUACAAAUAUAGACACAAAACAUAUUUUAUACAGCAAUGAAGUGAGAAAUGGUUUGGUAAAGGAGAGCCACCUGGAUGUCUCUUUAGUUCUUCCUUGAAUUCAGUAGAGUUUCUCGCCUUGGGAAUUUUUGUUGGGGCACAAUUAGUGGAGUGAUACAUGGACACACUGAUUAGGUUGUUACGCCCAGUGUUUGGCCAUACGAUAACAGCAACUGUUAUUCAAUUUGGUUAAAAUGUAUACGAAAAGAAGGGUGUACGCAAACCAAGCUACCACUGUAUAUGCAUAAUCAUAAUAUUAUUGUAUGCACUUUCUUGAUCACAUUUUAUAAACUGUCACCACAGUCAUUUCUGUUGUUAAAUAGAAAAACUAAUUAUUGGAGCUCAUCACAGCGUGUACAAAAUGUCAUAUGUAAUUAGUAUUUUACCUCAUAAUACUCACAUAGCUUGGAUUUGUUUGUAUUUACACAAAAACAUGAAGCCACAAUUAGUUCAUUUUUAAAUGUAAUGAUUUAUCUUUGUGUUUCAAGAUUACCAUAAAAACAUAUUGAAAUGCAUUACAGUAUUUUUAUGUUUUGAGGGAGUCUAGAGUGACAUGAGGCACGGUCAGGAUGAUAGCAUACAGCUCGUUUAUUAAAAUUUGAAGGUUGCAUUUGC